GUUGAGAUUGAUUUCCUGUAGUAACUGGUUAAUCAUUUCAAUAAUUUCUUUUCCUGGCCGGUUUGACUUUUUUGUUCGCACUUCGAUUUCAGAGACCAAAGUGAUUUGUCAGAAUUUUCGAAGUUAGGGAAGUCUUAUAAAUUUUUUGUAUUGGCGCUUUCCAGUUUUUGUGGAAUUUUUUCACUUUUUUUAGAAACGAUUCAGCAGAAAAAUGCACUUAGCUUCCCAAACCGCCUUACUUGUUGCAAGAGAAGUCCAGGAACAUCGCGAUUAUUUUUACAACACUCACAUCCGUCCUUUUUGCGAACCAUCUUCAGUCCGAAAGGGAAAGCGAGCGAAAGGCCAGGCAGGAAAACACAGCUCUCAAAAAGUGAAAAAUAAGAAUUACGUGAACGGCCAAGAUGUGGAGAUUCCGUUUACUGUAUCCCACGAAAAUCAAGAAGACUACCUUCACAGACUAGACCCGACGCAAUGGAGGGACCAGGAUCACUAUUUAGUUCUGGGACUGGGCCAUCGGCGCUAUCAGGCCACGGAUGACGAAAUAAAGAAAGCGUAUAAACGCCUUAUUCUUAAGCAUCACCCGGAUAAACGUCGACAGAAAGGAGAAGCCGUACAGGAUGAAACCAAGGAUUAUUUUGCCUGCAUCAAUAAAGCGAAUGAUAUCCUGGGGGAUCCUGAAAAAAGACGGGCAUUCGACAGCAUUGAUGCCGUUGUUGCGGCUGUAGCGGAUGAUGUUCCUGAUAAAUUGAAACCGGAAGAGCGACAGGAAUUUUUCGAACUGUUUGCCCCGGUUUUCCGGUGGAAUGCGCGUUGGUCUGUGAAGCAGCCUGUUCCUCAGCUGGGUGAUAAUGACGCUAUGGAGGAGUAUACUGAUGAAUUCUACGAAUUUUGGUAUAAUUUUGACUCAUGGAGGGAAUAUUCUUAUUUGGAUGAGCCCGUCACUGGCGACGAUCGGUAUGAAAGAAGAGCUAUGGAGAAACAGAAUAAAGACGUUCGAAAGGAAAGAAAAGGCAAAGAAAUGGGAAGAUUACGCCGUUUGGUUGAUAACGCUUUUGCCAGUGAUCCGCGUAUAGUAAAAUUUAAAGAUGAAGAAAAGCAGAGAAAAGAAGCUGAAAAACAAGCCAGAAAAGAUGCACAACGUGCCCGACAAGAAGCCGAGGAGCAGCAACGUAGAGAAACCAUUGAAAAAGAGCAAGAAGAACGGCGGCAACAAGAAGAAAGCGCCAAAGCGGAAGCCGAAAAGGCUAAGAAAGAAAAAGAAGCAGAAAAGAAGGUUUUGAAGAAAGAGCGGAAAACUUUACGCGAUUUAAUGAAGGGGUGGAAUUAUUUUGCGGACAACAGUGGAACUGCCAAGAAUAUGCAGGAAACCGAAAAGCUUUGCGAUAUUCUUACGGCUCAGCAGUUACAAGAUCUGAAUGAGCGCUUCGCUGCAGCCAGCCUGGAAGAUGCUAGGGGAAUAUUUGUUGAUCAGGUUGAUGAGAUUAAUAAAAAACUUGAAGCUGAACGUGCAGCUGCUAUCAAGGAAAAGGAAGAUAAAGAGAAACUGGCCAGUGCCCAGAAAGAACAGGAAAUGGAUCAACGGUGGAACGAAGAAGAAUUGAAAUUGCUGAUAAAGGCGGUAAAUCUUUAUCCGGCUGGCACAGGCAACCGAUGGGAAGUCGUUGCGGAGUACAUCAACCAUCACAUGUUUAUCGGGGGCAUAACGACCGAGACUGAACGGCAGAAAAAGACUGCCAAAGACGUGAUUGCCAAAAGUAAAACGUUAAAGCGAAUUGAUCAGUGCCAUGAUACUAUGAGAGCUGAAGUGAACAAAAAGGCAUUCGACUCUUUUGCUGGAACUCAGAAGACCGUUGUGAAGCCGGCGAAAGACGAUGGGACUAUAACAGAACGCUUUGAUCGAGACACAGUGAAUGGAUCAGCAGAUGCCCCAAAGCCGUGGUCGGCAGCUGAACAGAAAUUGCUUGAGCAAGCCCUAAAGAAAUUCCCCGCAUCCGAUCCAGCCCGGUGGGAUAAUAUUGCGAAGGAAUUACAAACGCGAUCGAAGCAGGAAUGCGUAAAGCGCUAUAAGGAACUAGUGGAAAAGAUCAAAGCUCAAAAAGCCGCUGCUGCGGCAGCCAAAUGAACGGAUUUUAGCUGUGAUUACGAAUAUACUAGUGAUUUGCUACACGAGCUGAAUUGUGAGAAGUGAGGGCGGUUUAGUAUGUCUUCAGUGUGCAGUCACAUUCGCCGAUCUGUCACGUCACCUAUUCAGUGUUUAAUGUGUGAACUGGCAUCGUUGCUUUUGAGUGUUUCUGGUUUGGCAACUGCGCGGAAAAUGCGAUUUUGCUGGAUGUUAAAGACAGUUGACUGAAGGUUGUUCGAUCUGAAA